GCCCGACCCGCCGGGCCGCCCGGAAGAUGCGGCUGCUCCCGGAAUGGCUUCUCUUGCUCUUUGGCCCGUGGCUCCUUAGAAAGGCAGUCAGUGGCCAGAUCGCGGAGUCCGGAAGGCCACACUACCUAGAGCUGCGCCCCGCUGCGCCCGGAGGGGGAACCCCUGACCCACAGCUCCCGGCGCCCAGGUCUUCGGACGGCCUGGGCACGGCGGGCUCCUGGAGCUGGGCCUGGCCAGCUAACCACACGGGGGCGCUGGCCAGGGCCGGGGUGGCCCACAAGCUGCCGGUACAGCGCACCAAGAGGAAGCCGUCCAUCAAGGCUGCUCGUGCCAAAAAGAUCUUUGGUUGGGGGGACUUUUACUUCCGGGUGCAUACCCUCAAGUUCUCGCUGCUGGUGACCGGCAAGAUCGUGGACCACGUGAACGGUACCUUCAGCGUGUAUUUCCGCCACAACUCCUCGAGCCUGGGUAACCUCAGUGUCAGUAUCGUACCGCCCUCCAAGCGUGUCGAGUUCGGGGGCGUCUGGCUGCCUGGGCCCGCCCCCCACCCUCUGCAGUCUACGCUGGCGCUGGAGGGGGUGCUUCCUGGACUGGGGCCCCCUCUGGGGAUGGCAGCAGCGGGGCCGGGGCUUGGGGGUACACUCGGGGGCGCACUGGCGGGCCCGCUCGGGGGCGCGCUGGGAGUGCCUGGGGCCAAGGAGUCACGCGCUUUCAAUUGCCACGUGGAGUACGAGAAGACGAACCGCGCGCGCAAGCACCGCCCGUGCCUGUACGACCCAUCGCAGGUGUGCUUUACCGAGCACACGCAGAGCCAGGCCGCUUGGCUCUGCGCCAAGCCCUUCAAAGUCAUCUGUAUCUUCGUCUCCUUCCUCAGUUUCGACUACAAACUGGUGCAGAAGGUGUGCCCAGACUACAACUUCCAGAGUGAGCACCCUUACUUCGGAUAGCGCGUCCCCGACCCUGGCCCCAGAGCUCCCCACCAGAUCCCCAGACACACUAGGUGGAAUCCCUCCCUGUGUACCCCCUGCCCUGUGCCAUCCCCACUCCUUCCAGUGGGGGUGGGGGGCGGUGGAUGGGAACAGCCUUCCUAGGAACUGUCAGCUGGCAUGGUUCUCCAUUUCCUGAUGUGGAGUGCCCCCAUAAUGAGGCUGGGGUAGCCCCCUCAAGCAUACCCUGAAGCAAAGACUUUUAGAGCACAGCCCCAGAAUGGGUGGCUUCCCCAGAGCCCCCUACGACCACACUGGAUCCCCCUUUUGCUCCCUGCGCAGGGCUGGGCGCUCCCUUUGCCCAUAGCUUUAAUGAGUACGGCACCCUCUGGGGGGGCCUGACUUUCUUAACCCCCAGCGCUAGGCCCGACCCCGCCGCCGCCCGCGCGUCGAGACUAAGGCACUGAAGCCCCCGCCAGUCCCAUCCCUGUCUGCCUGCCGUGUCGUGUGCCAGUCCCCUUUCCUCCCAACCCCGCCGAAGCAAAACUCCCGAGCCAGGGGGCGUUGUGCCCAGGCCCCUGCGCGCUGCCCUCUCCCGCGGGUCCCUGCAAUACAGCUCCACCUGCCCUCUCCCGCCGCUUCCCCUCGGG